UUUGCGACAGCGUUUAUAUGAGUACUGUGCGUCUUUGCAAAUAUCAGGGUAAUAUACUAUUGUCUGCGUCUGGCUUUUCUUUUUGCUACAAAGAAUUUACUUUUUUGGCAAGAUAAUACGGUUCUUUUCUUUGAUCGAUGUUUCCAAUCAGAGCCACAGUCGCACGCGAGUCGCCAAGUUUAAAAGGGAGAGAUAGAAAAGACAUUUUCGGAGAUUGGGAUUUUUCCAGCGAAAGCAGAACGGUUUCUGUAUUGACAUCCGUGUAUUCUGGACCAUUAGUAAUCAAUACUGGUAGAUCUUGAAGCCCCAAAAAAUGUUAUUAUUGUUUUAUUUUUCUAUGUUAUCUUUUCUGAUUACAUGCCAUGGCGAUUGCCCCACAAGAUGUGUUUGUGAUUCCUUCAAAUCAGUGCAAUGCUACAGAGUUACUUCUGUGCCUAAAGCCAUUCCAACGGAUACCAGAAAACUCUACCUCGGCCACAACAACAUCAAACAACUGCGGGCAUCUGAUUUUGGUGGACUUAAUGGAAUUGAAGAGCUAGCCAUGUCCUCGUGUGGAAUGGAAGCAACAGAAGCUUACACAUUUUCAACAUUAACAAAUCUGAGAACAUUAGAGUUAUGGAAAAACAAGCUGAGACGCAUUCCCAGUAAACUUCCCUCCAACGUGGAGGUGUUAAAACUGGGUAAUAAUAGAAUCCAGGUCUUGUGUGAAGCAGACUUUGAAGGUUUGGUGAAGUUGAAGGUCCUUGAUCUGCAAAACAAUAGGAUUUCCAGAAUCCAUUCUAGUGUUUUGUCAUCUGCUCUCAGAUUAGAAAGUCUAAUUUUGGAUAGCAAUAGACUUGAUCUGUUAUCAGGACCAUUGAAGCUUGCUUACCUGAAACGUUUAAGCAUGCAAAAUAACAGAAUUGCUUCUCUACCAUUGAACUUCUUCAGCUUCCUACCAGCACUACGUUUUCUUAGUUUAUCAGGAAACUUGUUUUUCAAGAUUCCACAAGGAAUGCCACCAUUAUUAUCGUCCUUAAAAAUGGACAAAAAUGUCAUUCGAGAGUUGCAAAUGCAAGAUUUAAACUAUCUCAAACACCUCUUUGAACUCUCCCUUUCUGAAAAUCAGAUCUUUACAACUAAUAAUGCACUGAGUUUGUCAAACUUAUCCACGGUGGAUCUGUCUAAAAAUCAACUGAGAGCAAUUCCUACUGGUCUCCCAUCACAUCUGCGACUGUUGGAUUGCAGUCACAACCUCAUACAAAAAAUUACACUGCAGGAAUUCUCCGGAGUGCGUGGGCUGAAACACUUGUUCUUGGAGUACAACAACAUUACCAGUAUUGAUCUAGAUGCACUGCAGCACUGUUUACAACUCUCCGACCUAGCACUGGAGCAAAACCACCUGUCAUCUUUCCCAAAAGGGCUCCCUGAUACUCUUGUAAGGCUAGACUUGAAAGGAAAUAACAUAAAGGACAUUUGCAAAGAGUCAGUUAAAAAUCUGAAACGGCUGCAAGUUCUAAACCUGCGAAAUAACAGGUUGUCAUCUCUAGCCCCUGAAGUGUUCGCAUACUUUCCACGGCUCAGGCGACUUUAUUUAGAUGGGAACCCCUGGAACUGUACAUGUGACCUCAUAAAAAUAAGAGAUUUAUUAACUGUGAAACAUUUAGAGAUUAAAAGUGGUGACUGUGCAAGCCCAGCUUAUUAUCAAGGUGAGACCUGGCUAUCUUCCACAAAAAUUCUGAACAGCUGUGGAUAUAAUAUUUGGCACGGAGUGAAGACAAAAGUAGUUCUUGAAAGUUAUGCAAGAGUAGAACAGAAGCGUGAGAACACAAACAUCAAUGGCCCAACUGACUAUGAAGAUUAUUAUGACUAUGAUACAUAUUGAAAAUCAAUGUCUCAGACACAAAAUAUUUUUUAAUUUUCUAUUGUAUAUCUGACGUGCAAUGGUAACCAAUGUUCCAGUGUAACUUGGAUUUUAUGCUUACAUUUUAAUUUU